UGGCUUUAAAUUAAACUUAUGAACCGGCCGAUUCCGAUUCUUAACGUUACCAAUUUCAGAUUUCCUGGCGAUAAAUUCCGGUAGUCUGAAUUUCUUGAUGGAGACUGUUUCUGUCAAUUCACCCAUACAAGCUUUCCCCAGUUCAAAGCACAGGUCAAGAAGAGGCUUCACCACAAAGCAUCCACAGAAUUAUGGGAUGAAUUUCAGUCCCGACACUGCCGCCGCAAAUCUCCGAUCUACUCCAAGAAGCCGCCACGCCGUCAGUGACAUCUCCUCAGUCACCACAGACCCGGUUCAGGCGGAACUUACUUGGCAAAUUGUGGUUGGCGCUUUAGCUGGUGUUACGCCUUUUGUGGUGGCUGGAGUUGAAUUCAGUAAGAGAAUUGUGGCACAGAGGAAAUGUAAGGUAUGUGGAGGUUCGGGACUUGUUUUGAGGGAUAAGAAGUACUACUUCCGAUGCCCAGGUUGUGGAGGUUUUCUACCAUGGCAAUCAUGGAGGAGAUUCUUUACUGGUUAAAAAGUAAAAGUACUUUUUACGCAUAAGGAACAUGGAAAAGUGAAUGUAAUAUGCUAUUCUUUAAUGCAAUGUUACCAUAAAAUAAGCUUAUUCCUAUAAUUCAAUGAUAGAUUUGAAGAAACCAAACAUUAUAUUUACUGUCAACUGUUGUAUCUAGACACAGAUUCUACUGUUCUGCAUCUCCAAAUCUGAAUCGUAAAGUCCGUUAUUUCAAUU